GAGACGUUUUGCCGCAGUUCAAAACAAACCAAACAAGUGAAAGCACACACACUUCGCCGUGAAAAUAGUCGCCAAAUUCUAACGGAAAUAAAUUCAAAACGUGAAUUAAAUGUGGAGAAAACAACAAAUAACAGAAUCAAACGCACACCAACAAUAACAACAACAAAACAGUCACCUAGAUUUACGCAUGACAUAAUUAAUAAAUUACUUGAAUCAAUGAAAAGAAUAACUGCUACUGAAGGCAUAUCAAAUAUCGCCGCCGUUUGUACCGGCCGUAUCAAAUCAAGUCGCUGACUGGACGACUGACUGACUGGCUGGCUGCAGACCAACCAACUAUUCUAAGCACCCAUGUAAACCGGAAAACACCCAAGAUCACAAAAACAACAGCAACAAGAACAGAAAAAAGACGACGAGUAAUGAAGAACUUAAACACAAAAAAAUCAAGAACCACAGCAACGGAGAUAUCUAAGUUCAGUUUAGUUGAUUUGUUAUCGUCUUUGGCGUUUAUCGUUCUUCCUUCGUCGUGAAGUCGGGCUUUAAUUGUUCCAAAUACUUAGUGCCUGUUGUCACAACCCUCCCGGGGCAGAGAGAUAACGUGACUUGAAGGGAGCCUAGCAGUCAGUCUGUCAGCCCGUCAAAGAUGUCUGCGCCAUUGGCUUAUGAUGGCACAUAUUUAAAAUCUAUUUCCGGUAUUUCAAAAAUCUGUUGCAUGAUAUGCUGCCUCCUUGGAUUCCUGUGCAUUGUUUGUAGUUCGGUGCAGUUGCACAAUUUUCGUGGAUGUUUCUACAAUGUAAUCGUUGGACUGUCAUUUCUGUUUUCCGGAUGUAUGCUGCUCGCUCGUCUUUUCCAAGUGUGGCAGCGAAAAUUCUUAACAUUUAAUGCCGUCAAAUAUGAAUUGUACGUGAAUGUCGUUUUGGCGUGCUGUUGCUUUAUUGGCGGCUGCGUUAGCAUCUCGUUGGAUGUCGUAGCUUAUACAGUGGCCACAUUCUUUAUAUUCCUCGCAUUUAGCUUUUAUACAUUCGAUGCCUAUUUGUGUUAUCGCAUCUAUCGCCAGUGCGAUGCCCAAACACAGACUCAGACUCAAAUCCCAACUCAACCCCAAAUGGCUUAGCUUAACCCAAAAAAAAAAAAAAAAAAAAAAAAAAACUGAAAUGUUUAUUUUCUAAAUUAUUAUUUAUCAAUUUGUUGUUGUUUAUUUUAUCGUAUCGUAGAAAUUAUGUAUGUAUGAAUGCGUGACAUAUUGUAUUUUAUUGUUGUGAUUAAAAAUUUAUAGCGUAAAUUAUGUUUAAUUGUAAGAAGUCAAGUGUUAAUAAAGUGCACAAACAAUUUGAUAAUAGUAAUAAUAAGUUAUUUAUUAAAUAAACAUCGAUCCUAUCAGCAGUAGGUUUUGUCCGGUUGUUGAACCUAUUAUUACAGGAUAGAGUAUAUAAAUUUAUGUGUAUACGAUAACCCAAUAAAUUAUAACAAUUUGUAUAAAUUAUGA